AUGAAUCUCAAAAUUGAAGAGGGCAAAAUAUUCGGACUUUUAGGCUCUAAUGGGAGCGGAAAGACCACAUUAUUGCGGCUAAUCUUAGGCCGCCUUAAACCCCAUUCCGGUCACGUGAGUAUAUUCGGUGAAAAGCCCGGCACAAAGUACUCGGACGUACCCGGCCCUGGGGUGGGGUAUAUGCCUCAAGAGGUGGCCCUCUAUUACGAGUUCACAAUCGCCGAAACCCUCACAUACUAUGGUCUCUUAAGCCACAUGAGUGUCGAUGCCAUCAAUAAUCGCAUCAAUGUAUUGACCGAUUUGUUGAGUAUUCCCGACCGGACACGGGUUUUGUCUAAACUCAGUGGCGGUCAACAGAGACUGGUGUCGAUGGCGGUCACUAUGAUCCACAACCCAAGACUUCUUAUACUGGAUGAGCCCACAGUUGGCGUCGACUCCCUUAUAAGGCAAAGGAUUUGGGCUUAUUUAGAGAAUAUAUCCAAAAAUGAUGGGGUAACCAUAAUAGUGACCACACAUUACAUCGAAGAGGCCAAGAGCUCGUCGUUUGUAGGCUUUGUGAGCAACGGCUACCUAUUAGCCCAGUCCUCACCGCAACAGCUUAUGGAUCAGCACCGGGUGAAGACACUGGAGGAGACGCCAUUCCCGUCGGAUGUCACUCAACCCAUUGCUGUUCAACGAGGAGAGGGAUCACCGCAACAGCUUAUGGAUCAGUACCGGGUGAAGACACUGGAGGAGGUCUACUAUAAACUGGCAAUCAUUAGACGCCGUUCCCGUCGGAUGUCACUCAACCCAUUGCUGUUCAACGAGGAGAGGGACGCCCAAGAAGUCGAGACAGAGAACAAAAAGUUCAAUAAAAGUGUCGCAAACGACCGGUUCCUGAGUUUGGACAGAAUGUCGGCCCUCUUAUGGCGAAACUAUUUAAAAUUAACCCGAAGCCCACUAAUGUUUAUCUGCUUUUAUAUACUAACGGCGCUUAUCAUAACAUUAAUGUCACUCGUGUUCAAUCAGAAUUUCAAUGACCUCCCGAUCGCCAUAUAUAACGGUGAACAGCCCCCAGAGCUAACCGACCUAUUCAUGCAACACAUCGAUAAACACAUAAUUGAUGUCAAACUCUAUAACAGUAGCCAAGAGGCCAUGGAGUCUGUGAUUAGCGGCAAUAGUAUCAUGUCAUUAGAGUUUUCUACAAACUUUUCUCUUGGAGUCGAUGAACGGUUCCAAUCGCCACAGGAUGUGUCAGAACAGGCUAUUCUGGACAGUCAGGUGAAGCUUGUAGUCGACAUGUCCCGGCCUAUCACCACCGGUGUGGCAAACUUGGCACUUCUCAAGACUCUCAACUCAUUCAUUAAGAAUUACAGUCUGGCCCUCGACUAUAACCCUAUGGCAUAUACUCUACCCUUUGAUUUCAAUGCAAUUUACUACUCAUUCGACCCUUCAUUUAAGGAUUUUAUCGCACCGGGAAUGCUGCUAGCCAUACAGUACGGUCUGAAUAUGGUAUUGACUGGUUUUAUAUUCAUUUACGAGCAAAAGGGUGGUUGUCUGGAAAGGUGCUUUGUAACGGGUGUCAAACCUAUUGAAAUCAUAUUAGUACAGGUGCUGUGGUUUACAGCGGUUUUGGUAGUGCAGGCAGUUCUGUCACUCGUACUCUCUUUCUAUGUGUUUAACUUCACGAUCACCGGUAGUCUAUGGGAUGUCCUAUUGAUGCUAAUACUGCAGGGCAUACACGGCAUGAUCUUCGGCAUGAUUACGUCACUCACUGUUCAUAACGAUUACAACGUUAUGAUGGUGAUGGUAUUGACUACACUGCCACUGUGGAUGAUAUCAGGACUAAUAUGGCCAUUGGAGUCACUAAGUGACCUGGCUCAAAGUUUAUGCCGAUUUUUGCCACUAACUAUACCCACUGAAUCCAUGCGCGCAAUGAUGUUUCGUGGACUCAGCAGUAUAUACGCCAAGAUGAUCCAUCUGUCUAUUAAUGAACCGCAUGUAUCGGUAGCUCCUUAUGUGUUGAACCACUCGGUCCUUAAAUUCACCAUCAAAUAUGAGUCGACCAUGCUCAAUCAAUUGCCUGACCCGGGUCACGGGAUCGCAUACUAUUUCACGCCACAUCGGUUUAUACUCUAA